AAACCCCACAAAAGGGUUUUGAGUUUUGACUGACUCUGAAUUUCAUUUCUCAAGAUGAACACAUCAAAAAUGGAGGAAGAAGACGAAGACCCACCGCCACUCGCCGUCGAUAUCAACCAUACCCACCAAUCUCUUCAUAACGUCGACGAUCUUCCACCGGUCGGCGUCACCGUCAUCACCGGUUAUCUCGGUGCCGGAAAAUCCACUUUGGUAAAUUAUAUAUUAAAUGGGAAACAUGGAAAAAGGAUAGCUGUAAUAUUAAAUGAGUUCGGGGAAGAGAUUGGAGUUGAAAGAGCAAUGAUUAAUGAAGGCGAAGGUGACGGAGGCGCACUUGUUGAAGAAUGGGUUGAGCUUGCUAAUGGCUGUGUCUGUUGUACUGUUAAACAUAGCCUUGUUCAAGCCUUGGAACAACUUGUGCAGAUGAGGCAAAGACUGGAUCAUAUAUUACUAGAGACUACUGGGUUGGCAAACCCUGCUCCUCUUGCAUCUGUUCUUUGGUUGGAUGAUCAAUUGGAAUCAGCAGUCAAGCUCGACUCGAUUAUUACUGUUGUGGAUGCCAAAAAUCUCCGUUUCCAGCUCAGAAAGCAUGAAGAUUCAUCCACAUUUCCCGAAGCCUUCUUACAAAUAGCAUUCGCAGAUGUUAUUAUUCUUAACAAGGUUGAUCUGGUUUCUCCAGAUGAUCUAGAGGAACUCGAGAAGGAAAUACAUAGCAUUAAUUCACUUGCCAAUGUCGUUCAUUCUGUGAGGUGUCAAGUUGAUAUAUCUAUAGUCUUAAAUUGCAGAGCAUAUGAUGCUUCGCAUGCUGCUCAUCUGGAACAGUUACUAGAAGAAAACAAGUCAUUAACUACUAAAGAUCUUCAUGAUAGUGGCGUCAGGACUAUGUGUAUUUCUGAUUCACACCAGGUUGAUCUUGACAAGGUGCGUUUAUGGCUCGAGGAGAUCCUAUGGGAUAAGAAGCAUGAUAUGGAUGUAUACCGCUGCAAAGGCGUUUUGAGUGUUGUGAACUCGGAUGAACUGCACACCAUACAGGCUGUGAGGGAGAUAUAUGAGAUAGUUCCUGCACGAAAGUGGAGAACUGGAGAAAAUCGAACAAAUAAAGUUGUGUUCAUUGGUCGGUCUCUAAACGAACACAUUCUUCUCGACUCUCUUAGAGCUUGUGCCUCAACAAGAUGUUAAUUGUUGUAAUGCUUACAUAUCAACUAUUAUGUCAUUGAAUUCAGUUUGUAACCUUGAGUUUUUUUUGAAGAUUAGAGAAUUACAACAGUAAUUUUGCCACUUUUCUGGGGCAGUUGAGAUGAUAGAAAACUGAAAUUUAACAUAAUAAAGAAAAUAAUGGAAAAGUUAUUUAUUUAUA